AGCUAAACACUUACCCCAGUCUAACAGCUGGGAGCCAAGAGACAGGAAGGUCACUACUCUUCCACCAUGAGUGUCAAGCGAGGAUGGCACACUUGCAUUUCCAUUUUCAGAAGGAUUUUUACUCUUUGGUUUGCUCUUCUAGUUUUGGGAGGGUUGAUAUGGGCUUAUGUAGCAGGUUUCCAACUGGCUUCUAGCAAGUAUGACAUUGUUUCAUUUGGAAUUUAUGGAGCUGUUCUGGGGAUUCACAUCAUCAUACAGAGUUUAUUUGCCUUUUUGGAGCAUCGGAAAAUGAGAAGCAGUGCCUUGAUAUGCAGUUAUACCAAAUCAGUGGCUCUAACCAUCUCAGCUUACCAGGAGGACCCUGAAUACCUCAGGGAGUGUCUGAACUCAGUGAAAAACACCCAAUACCCUCCUGAUAAGCUGAGAAUUAUAAUGGUAAUUGAUGGCAACAGUCCUGAUGAUCAGUACAUGAUGGACAUGUUCAAGGAAGUUUUCCAAAAUGAAGAUGUUGGCACCUUUGUCUGGAAGAACAACUACCAUACUUGGGACCCUAGAGCAGCUCUGGAAGAAGCUGCUAGAAAUGAAGGCCAAAUUUACCAAAAUCUGGAUGAAUUAGACUAUAAAGAAUUUGAAGUGGAAGACCCAGAACGUCUAAAGGUGGAAGAAUUGAUCCAAACUAAGAGAUGCGUGUGCAUCAUGCAGAAGUGGGGUGGAAAGAGAGAAGUCAUGUAUACUGCCUUCAAAGCCCUGGGGGACAGUGUUGACUAUUGUCAGGUGUGUGAUUCGGAUACCAAGCUGGACCCCCUUGCCACUCUAGAGUUGGUGAAAGUUCUGGAGUCCAAUGAGAAGUAUGGUGCUGUAGGAGGUGACGUGAAGAUUCUAAACCUCAAUGACUCUUUCAUCAGCUUCAUGAGCAGCCUGCGGUACUGGAUGGCCUUCAAUGUGGAGAGAGCUUGUCAGUCCUUCUUUGACUGUGUGUCCUGCAUCAGUGGACCACUGGGUCUCUACAGGAAUGACCUCCUGCAGCAGUUUUUGGAGUCCUGGUACAACCAAAAAUUUCUGGGUUCACAUUGCACCUUUGGGGAUGACCGGCACCUCACAAACAGGAUGCUCAGCAUUGGCUACGCCACAAAGUACACCGCUAGAUCCAAGUGCUACACGGAGACCCCUGCACAGUUUUUGCGCUGGCUGAACCAGCAGACAAGGUGGACAAAGUCUUACUUCCGUGAGUGGCUCUACAACUCCCUUUGGUGGCACAAACACCACUUGUGGAUGACCUAUGAGUCCAUCGUGGCUGGAAUCUUCCCGUUCUUCGUCACAGCCACUGUCAUAAAGCUCUUUUACACUGGCACCAUAUGGGAUAUCCUGUGGGUGCUGAUCUGUAUCCAGAUUAUUGGUCUAGUGAAGUCAAUCUAUGCAAGUUUACUUCGAAAGAACUUCAUCAUGGUCUUCAUGUCUCUGUACUCCAUGCUUUAUAUGACCAGUCUGCUGCCAGCCAAGUACUUUGCCAUCCUGACCAUGAACAAAAGCAGCUGGGGGACCUCUGGUCGAAAGAAAAUUGUUGGUAAUUACAUUCCUCUUCUUCCCCUCUCUAUUUGGGGUUUAAUCCUGCUUUGUGGACUCAUAUAUGCCAUUUAUAAAGAAGCAAGAUCAGACUGGACAGCAGAUGAUAAGAAGGCUGAGAUUCCAUAUUUGAUUUAUGGUACAGUUGCCUAUGUAACCUUCUGGAUUUUCAUGAUUUUGCUGUACUGGGUAUGGUUCCGACGCUGCUGUCGGAAAAGGUCUGAUUACUAUGAUGUUACGGUAUAAAGCUUAACAUCUCUUUACACCAGAACUUCAACCUGAGUCUAGAGGGAACAGUAUCACACAGAAAGUGCAGCGUCUCAUUCCUGGUAAAGUCUGAGACCUCCAGUACCCACCAAGAAGCUUUAACCUGAUUUUGUAAGUGAGGAACUGAAGACACAGCUACCCUGAUCGGUUAUAGCAUCACUGUGAAUGUACAGUGAAUCUCCAUACACAAACUGCCUUGGCAAAGACACACCAGGCGGCUGUAGUAAUAAAUCACAAGCAGCUUGUUUGGGUGUGGUUACUACAUUUACAACAUGCAGAGCUAUACUCCACCUAGUAAGUAGAAUUAUUUUUCACAAAACACAUUCAGAACUACGCAAAAACAAUCUUUGGAGAUUUACAUUCUCUAACUGGAGCUUUGUGAGCUUUUUCUCUUUUGCAAUUCUAUGAAUGUAAAUCUCAGUUUAAUGUAGUUUGGAAGUUCUAAUUUAAACAACAACUCCAAUUCUCAGGAUUUAAAUAAUGUAAUUACAAUUCUACCGUCAAAACUUUUUAUUUUUAUUUCUCUGCCAGUCCCCAUUCUUAGCAUUCUGGGUUGAGUUGUUACUUUCAAAGGCUGAAAGGUUUAACUUAUUGCACAAUGGUCUAUCAGUUGAUGUGAUAGACAUAAAGAGCACUGGGGGAGCUUUCAAGGCUUCAUCUAUGUUGUGUUAUAUUUAUUUAUUGAUUUUUUGUCACUGUAUUUAUAUAUGCUUUACUUUGAAAAUUAUGUCUUAAUAUAAAUCACAAAGAACUCUGAUGCAAUUAGAACACAUACAAUGAAAGGUACUGUAUUUAAUAAAAGAGAUCAAUUUUUAACAAUAACUUUUUAUCAAAACACAGCUUCUUUACAGAAAAAAAAUUUGUAGAGUUGCUACAUGCAAUAAAUGCUCACCAAAAUGACAAUGAUAUUGAACCAGUGUUGACGUUCUGAAUAGUAAAACAAAGAAAAAAAUCUCCUGGAGGAGUCCCUCUCUCUACCUCAGUCCUAGCUUGGAGGCUCCACAGGAACUAGUUUCUUUAUGGCUAUGCCUCCCUGCAGGCUGUGCUGUUUUAGCUCUGUGGUUGGCUCUCAGAUACUUAUUAAUGAAGGAUGCAGGCUAAACUGAGAGCCCUUCAUGCACUGCCCAUUUCUCUGUUAAACAGUGAGUGAAACACUUGAAUAUCAAAGCAGAAAGUGCACUGCGCUAACUCUCAGGUGAGCUCACAUCACAUAAACCUGUAAGGUCAUUAAGUCAGAAUGGGUGGGGGUUGUACAGAGUUAUAUGAUUGUGCAAAAUGAAGUUGCCAAUUUGUAUUUGUUGUGGAAAAUCAAGCUUUUUUUUCAAUGUGCAAACUAUUUAUUUUUGUCAUUUCUAGCUGAGACUUGUUCCAGCACGUUCAUUUGUGACUGUGUGAAUGUAUUUAAUCAUAAAUAAAAUAUUUUGUUUAAUAAAAGUAAAAUAAAAA